GCAGGGCUGCUAUAAAAGGCAGGCCAAGCCAGUGCUCUCUCAUCCACUUCUCUUGCCUCCUUCUCCUCAGGAAUCAGGUGCACCUGUGACCCCGAGCCAUGUCCUGCUGCCSMCCCUCCUGCAACCCUUGCUGCCAGCCCUGYGGCCCCUGCCCRCUGGCCAACAGCUGCAAUGAGUGCUGUGUCCGCCAGUGCCAGAGCUCCAMUGUGGCCAUUGAGCCGCCUGCUGUGCUGGUGACCCUGCCUGGCCCCAUCCUCAGCUCCUUCCCUCAGAACACCGUGGUGGGAUCUUCUACCUCUGCUGCCGUUGGCAACAUCCUCAGCUGUGGUGGAGUGCCCAUCAACUCUGGGGGCUUUGACCUCUCCUGCAUCACCAGCUGCUAUGGUGGCAGCAGGUGCCGUCCCUGCUAAAUCUGCUGGCAACAACCUUGGGCAAGAACCCACAAGACUUGACAACAUGGUUCUGGCAGAACACGGUUUUGAGCAGGAGACAGAGCUUCUGGACAUUGUAUUUACAGCUUCAGGGUGAUGUUUCUUUCUCCUAUACUUCCUUAUUCUUCCUGUGCUAUCUGUGUCUCCCAAACCAGCCCACGGCACCUGUUGCCCUCCUUUCCUCUUUGGGCAGGCACAUGGACAUCCUGCAGGAGCUCCACUGCAUCUUGGUGGCUGCUCCUGGUGCUAUCUCUGAGCCACCUUCUUUUCUUUUGACUCAAUAAAACACUUUUGCAUCCAA